AUGGAGCCAGCUUCGCCUACGUCCGAGACUUCCUCAUGGAGCACUGCGAAGAAGGCAGUGGAGCGACAGAGUACUCGCGCUCUGGCAUGGGGGGCUUCGAUCCGGGAGUACAACCAGAAGAAGGUCGAAAGAAGCAUGUCUUCAACGCAGACGUCACAGGCUGCCAAAAAGAAGUCCCGAGUACGAUCAGAAAUUGAGAGCUGGUUGCGGAGAUAUCUAUGCUUCUGCUGCCUUUCUGGAGAAGGAGAGCUGCCUCAAGCUGUGACCAUCGCGACCGAUGUGGAAGAUCUGAAGCAGAGUGUUCGGCAGAAGAUGUCUAAGCAGACCUAUUCUGUGAAGGACUUCUACAAGUCGAACGGCAUUUUCCAGCGGAUCGCGAAGAGCAACUACUUCGAAAACUUUACACUCUUCAUCAUUGGAGUGAAUUCGUUGUGGAUCUGGGUUGACACGGACAACAACGAUGCGGCCAUCAUCACGGAAGCGAAGAUGGAGUUUCAGAUUGUUGAGAACAUUUUCUGCGCCUUCUUCACGUUCGAGUGGGUUGUCCGGUGGAUGGCUUUUCGAAGAACUUCGUUUGCAUUCAGGGAUGCCUGGUUCGUGUUCGACACAUUACUUGUGACCCUGAUGAUCCUGGAGACCUGGAUUACGCCCAUCGUGCUCGGGGUCCUCAGCAUUUCCAGUGACGGCAUUGGGGAUGCCUCAAUACUUCGUCUCGUGCGGCUGCUCAGGCUCGCGCGGAUGACACGGGUAGCAAAGCUCCUGCGCGCCUUCCCGGAAGUACUCAUCAUGAUCAAAGGCAUCAGUGCGGCAGCUCGGUCGGUCUUCUUCACCAUCUGCCUGCUCCUGCUGGUCUUGUACAUCUUCGGCAUCGCCUUCAGACAGAUUUGCGUAGGACUGGGCAUCGGAGAGGCCCAUUUCCCCACGGUUCCAGAGGCGAUGCUCACCUUGCUGAUCCAUGGUGUGUUUAUGGAUGACAUGGCCGAGCUGGUGGCGGAAGUCAAGGGUGAAAGCUCCGUUGCAUUCGGUCUGUUCAUCAUUUUUGUGCUGAUUGCCUCCAUCACUCUGAUGAACAUGCUUAUCGGAGUGCUUUGUGAGGUGGUGUCCAUGGUGGGACAAAGCGAGCGCGAAGAGCUUCUUGUGGAUCUCGUGAAGCGAGAGCUCUUGGAUAUCAUCCUUGCAGCCGACGAAGAUGGCGAUGGGUUGAUGUCACACGCGGAGUUUCUGAGGAUAUUGGAAAGUCCGGAGGGCCUCAAAGCAUUGGAGACG